AUGAAUGUCGCUGGGAUGAACCCUGGAGCCGGGGGCCCUGUCGGGGGUGUCCCAAUGGUCAACAACGGCUCUGCAGCUCCUCGUAACGAUGGAACCAUGAACAACAUCUCCGAACAAAUGAUCAACAAUCUCAACACAUAUAUCUAUGACUAUUUCCUCAAGCGCGGCUACCACGAUUGUGCCAGGGCCCUCCUGAAGGACGACGCGAUGAAACUCAGCACGGACCCGCCAAUUAAAUCGAGUCCUAGCCAUCGUCGCGAUAAUGAGGUGAACGGUGUUGAUGGCGAUGCCAUGAUGACGGACGGAAAAGAUGGCGAGAAAAUGAAAAUCCCCGAUGACUUGCCGCGACCCAAUCUUCCCGGCGAGGGUCCACAGUCCCCUUUCCUCUUAGAUUGGUUUAGUCUUUUCUGGGAUUUCUUCUGGGCUCAGCGCAGGAAGGGCAACAACAAUGAUGUCAGGCAAUAUCUUCAGCAUAACCAGAACGUGAUGCGCAUCAGAGAACAGCAGCAUAACCAGCUCUUGCGACAGCAGCCGAUGAUGCCCGGACAGCUUAACAUCCGUCGGAAUGGGGUUCCUCCCAAUCUUCAGAAGACAGUACUGCAGAACAACACGCCUGGCCUCUCUCAGCAGCAGAUCGCUCAGCUCCACAAGAACCAGCAGGUGCAACUGAUGCAGCAAAUGCAGCGAGAACACUCAGAUAUCGACAUGAACGGCCACCGUCCGCAGUCCCCGUCCUCGGCAGACAAUGCUCCCUCCCCAUCGAAGCGACCCCGGCUUGAAGGCGCACACAUGAAUGGUCAGCAAUUGGCACCCAAUGGACGGGGUCAAGGCCAGGGCAUGCCUGCCCAACCGAACCCCCAAGCGAUCUUGAUGCAGAACGGUCUCAACCCGCGGACGAUGAAUCCAGCCCAGUUCCAGACUUCAUUCCCCCAGUCGGGCCCUGCUGGUCAGCAGAAAUCUAUCCAGGUAUAUGCUCAGAAUUUAGCCCUUCACCACUCACGCUCAGCAUUGAAUAACCAGGGCAUGCCGAAUGGUUUGAUGAAUCCCGGUGUCAUGCCACCCCAGACGGAUCUGGUACCCAUGCCAGAUGGCCAGGGUAUGUACCCGAUGAACGGCGAUUACUAUGGCGCAAAUGGUCAAAUGGCCCAGGUUCGGGCUGGAAUGCAGACACCUGGCGGUCAGCACGGGAACCAUGCACUCCAGGAUUAUCAAAUGCAGCUUAUGCUGCUUGAACAGCAGAAUAAGCGGCGUUUGAUGAUGGCUCGUCAAGAGCAGGAUAGCAUGGCCCGUCCUGACGGCCAGCCCCCAAUGCCUGGGCAGCAGCAGGCUUUGCCACCAGGCACCUCUCCCCAGGGCAGCAGGGCGGGCACGUCACCGAAUCCCAACGAUCAAAUGAAGAGGGGUACGCCAAAGAUGCCCCAGACCGGCCUUCCCGGAUCCCCGAGUGCCGGCGAGGUGAUGGCUCAGGGUCGCGCCUCCCCAGCGUCUAUGAGUUUCAACGGCGGUCAGAUGCCUCCUGAUAUGGCCAACCAAUUCUUCGUGAAGGGCAUGCCCGAGGGUAUGCCAGGCCCCAACGGCAUGCGCCCCCCGAGCUCCAACCCGGCCUUCACCGGUCCUCAGAUGGGCCAGCCCAUCCCCGCCGGUGCGAACAACCGGGUGCCGAGUGGCAGCUGGCAGCCGCAGCAAGGCCCUCCGGGUCAGCCUAUGGCGCCGCAGCCGUCUCCGGCGAGUCAACCUCAAGCUACCGGAACUCCGCAGAACAACCCGAUGCCUCCCCCUCAAGCGCCGCCAGCAGCUGGUGGCAACGCCGGUCGAGCUUCACCUCAAACAGGCGCCGCUCCGCCAACGCCGCAGCAAGCCAACAAGCCCGCACCCAAGGGCAAGAAAGAUACCAAGGACAGUCGCAAGCGACCCUCGAAGAAGGCUACGACCGCGGCCGCAAACGCGAACACGGCGGCUACUCCGUCUUCCGAAGCGGAGCAUCCACCAACUCCUACCCCAUCUACCCCUAUCACGCCUCAGCACCCCAACUCAUUUAACAAGGCCGGUGCCAACGCCACGACGACCGCUCCUCAGCCGCCGACUUCUGCCCCUGCGCCGCAGCCGCUUGUGCAGCAGCCCCCUGAUCAGAGUCAACAGUCUUUCAACGACCUCAGCAUCCCAGAUGCGUCUGCUUUCAACCUUGACUUCAGCGCUCUGGAGAAUCCUGAUAUUCUGGAGAAUUUCGACUUUGACACAUUCCUCAACACCGACGCGGACACCGCAAGCUUUGGGUUUGACCCCAACAUGCCCUACACAACCGAUGGUGUUGAAACCGGUGCCGGCGAUAGCUUGUAA